AACACUACUCCACUACAAGACAACUGAAGAUGGCGGAUGUGUUAAGUGUUCUUCGUCAGUAUAACAUCCAGAAAAAAGAAAUCGUCGCUAAAGGAGAUGAAGUUAUAUUUGGAGAGUUCUCCUGGCCGAAAAAUGUCAAGACCAACUACAUAAUCUGGGGUACUGGUAAAGAGGGCCAGCCCAAAGAAUACUACACCUUGGACUCAAUUUUGUUCUUGCUCAAUAAUGUGCAUCUCCCCCAUCCAUCGUAUGUGCGAAGAGCUGCAACAGAGAACAUCCCAGUUGUCAGGCGACCUGACCGAAAGGGAUUGCUCUUAUAUCUCAAUGGCGAGAGUUCAACAUCAUCAAGUAUUGACAGAAGUGCACCUAUAGAAAUAGGGUUGCAACGGCCAACACAAGUCAAAAGAGCAGCAGAUGAAGUAUCUUCUGAAGCCAAAAAGCCAAGAAUUGAGGAUGAAGAACGAGUGCGGUUGGACAAGGAGCGUCUCGCUGCCCGUCUGGAAGGCCACAAAGAGGGCAUUGUACAGACUGACCAGAUCCGAUCGCUUUCAGAAGCCAUGUCGGUGGAGAAAAUUGCUGCCAUCAAAGCCAAGAUUAUGGCCAAGAAACGUUCGACCAUCAAAACGGAUCUGGAUGAGGACAUAACCCUGAAGCAGAGAAGCUUUGUGGAUGCAGAGGUGGAUGUCACCAGAGAUAUUGUCAGCAGGGAGAGGGUGUGGAGAACCAGGACAACCAUUCUCCAGAGCACUGGAAAGAAUUUCUCCAAGAAUAUAUUUGCCAUUCUUCAGUCAGUGAAAGCCAGAGAAGAAGGACGAGCACCAGAACAGAGACCAGCACAGAACACUACUCAGGUGGACCCAUCCUUAAGGAACAAGCAGCCUGUCCCUGCUGCCUACAACAGAUACGAUCAGGAGCGAUUCAAAGGAAAAGAGGAAACUGAGGGUUUCAAGAUUGACACCAUGGGCACCUACCACGGCAUGACUCUGAAGUCAGUGACGGAAGGAGCUUCUGCUCGGAAAGCCCAGACCCCAGCACUGCAGCCGAUUCCUCGUCCAGUUUCACAAGCCAGACCUCCACCAAAUCAAAAGAAAGGUUCACGGACGCCCAUCAUCAUCAUCCCUGCUGCCACCACCUCACUCAUCACAAUGCUCAAUGCUAAGGAUCUUCUGCAGGAUCUUAAGUUUGUUACUUCAGAAGAGAAAAAGAAAGGUGGCAUCCAGCGUGACAAUGAGGUUCUGCUUCAAAGACGCAAAGACCAGAUCCAGCCUGGUGGCGCCACACUGAGUGUCACUGUGCCGUAUCGUGUCAUCGAUCAGCCUCUCAAACUGGCACCACAGGACUGGGAUCGAGUGGUGGCCGUGUUUGUGCAGGGACCUGCCUGGCAGUUUAAAGGCUGGCCGUGGCUGCUGCCCGAUGGAUCUCCUGUCGACAUUUUCGCCAAAAUUCGAGCCUUUCAUUUAAAGUACGAUGAGGCAAAGACGGACCCCAAUGUGCAGAAGUGGGAUGUGACCGUCCUGGAGUUGAGUCACCACAGGCGCCAUCUGGACCGGCCAGUUUUCUUGCGCUUUUGGGAAACCCUUGACAGAUACAUGGUGAAACACAAAUCUCACCUCAGGUUCUGAACCCAGAUCAGUGUCCAUCUAUCAAAGUCCCACAAAUGAUUUCUCCAAACUCCCAUCUCUCCACUGAUGACCUCUUACAGCUGUAUCCACUUCCACCCAAGUUGCCAUCCCAUCUUCCACCACGCUUCCUGUUUUAAGGACAGAUUACCUUGUGGUCUUCCUGACAUUUCCUCGGACUCCUAAUGCAAUUUGCUGGAUUUGUUGCCCCGGACACUGGAGAAGAGAUUUAUGGGAUUUUUGUGUGUGUUUCAGUUGUAAUUGUAAAAAUACCAAAAUGUUUUAUAAAAAAAAAGGCAACGUAACUUUGGAAACAAUUAAAAGAGACGUUAAAUAACAGUGGUGAUGGAGAAUAUUGUGAAUUCAACUCGGAACAGUCAUUUUUUUCCAUUUAGGGUGUUUGUUGUCUGAAAUGUACAUAAAUAACAAAACCAUGUCAGAGCCAAAAGUCUUUUGGGAGACGGGAGGAGGCAGUUGAGAGAUUUAAGUUGUAAAGCUACUCUGAUCUGGUUCCAAGAAAUGAUCUCAGUCAUGCAGCCAGUUCCAAGCUCAUUUUUGUUUCUUUUUUUGUUUUGUUUUGUUUUGUUUAUCGGACAGAUUAGCGUCAUGCAAUGGCCUCAUUAAUUUCUUCUUUGUUGGUGUUGUGCUGUCAGGAGAGUCAUGAUGCCCAUAUUGCUUUAAGUCAUCAUGUGGAAAAAAAACAAAAACAAUAAAGCCUCAGAGAAACGAA